AUGCCGGCGGCUGUCGCGGAGAACCCCAAAAUCAAGGCUACCUCAGCUAUCCCAUAUACGUUGUAUUUCGGGACAUUUAUUCAUACUCCCGAGUUGACCACGCUGGAGAUAUGCUUCAACACGUUGGUCGGCGUGGACUCCAGGGGAGAAAUCGACUACAUUGAAAAGGACUUUGAACCAGCAGAUGGCCAAUCGCCAGUGGAAUAUUUCAAGGAGCAGAAGAAAAUGAGUUGCCAGCCUCAGGGUGGUUCCGAAAUAGACGAUGAAAACAUUGUGUUCGUUGACUACACCAGCGAGCCUGCUAAGUUCUUCUUUCCUGGAUUUAUCGACACCCACAUCCACGCGUCACAGUUUCCCAACAUCGGCAUCGGGUUAGAUACGCCGUUGCUCGACUGGUUGAACACGUACACGUUCCCGCUUGAAUUGCAGUUUAGCGUCAAGGACCAACUGGAACAAGAGGCCAAGUUCAAAUUUGCCAAGCAUGUAUAUUCAAAAGUCAUCCAAGCUACACUAGAGAACGGCACCACGUGUGCGUCGUACUUUACGGCGAUUGACGCGGGAACCACCAAUUUGUUCGCUGACUUGCUUGUUGAGAUGGGCCAGCGUGGGUACGUGGGCAAAGUGUGCAUGGACCACAAUGAGCCCUGCCCGGCUUACUCUGAGUCGUUGGAAACUUGCCGCAAAUCAAUGGACUCGAUCAUUUCCCACAUCAGCAAAGUCAAUCCUCCCCGUGAACACUUGGUUGAGCCCAUCGUCACGCCGCGAUUUGCGCCCGUUUGCUCGACGCCAAUGUUGGACUACUUGGGCGAGAUCAGCGCGCGCGACAACUUGCCGAUCCAGACCCACAUUAGCGAAAAUAAACAAGAGAUUGAGCUAGUGGCGGAGCUUUUCCCCGAUUGCGAGAGCUAUGCUCAAGUUUACAAUAAGCACCACUUGCUCACUAAGCGCACCAUACUCGCGCAUGCAAUCCACUUGACUCAAAAGGAAUGCGAUCUCGUUGCUGAGAAACAGUGCUCCAUUUCGCAUUGCCCUACUUCCAACACGUUUAUAUCCAGUGGAGAAGCGCCCGUUUACAAAUACUUGUACCAGGAUAAAAUUAACGUGUCGUUGGGGACGGAUAUCAGCGGCGGGUUCGAUGUGAGCAUAUUGGCCAUGGUCAAAUACGCCAUUCUCGUCAGCCAUCACUUGUCGAUGAAGCCCGCGCAAGCUAAUGGCGUGGAUUGUAAAUUGUCCAUGACGGAUGGGCUUUACAUGGCGACGAUGGGCGGUGCGAGAGCUGUCGGGUUGGCAAACUUGGUGGGCUCCUUUGCCGUGGGGAAGAGAUUCGAUGCCCAGUUGAUUGAUCUUGAUGUGCAAGGUGCGCGAACUGAUGUGUUUAGCUGGCAAGUUCCCAAACUGGGGGAUUUGUUACCGGUGAAGGAGAAGAAGAUGGAGGAUUUGUUGGGGAAAUGGAUCUUUAGUGGCGACGAUCGGAACUGCGUUUCGGUUUGGUGUAAUGGGCGACUUGUAAUUGACAAGCGGAAACCAACCAAGAACUGA